AAAAGAAGAAGCAGCAGCUUGCCCCACUCUCAGUAUAAAUAUGCCUUCAAUGGAAAAUGAAUGUUUGUGAGCAAACCGAAACAAUAACAUAAAACUUAGUGAAAAUGAAGUGCGUUUAUAGUUAUGAAGAACCCAUCACAUUUUCCAUUCUCUUCAUUUCUUUUCUCUGUUAUCUUCUUCCAAUAGCCAUUGCAUCUUUUGCUGAAGUAGGCAACGAAAGUCCAUUUACUUACAGUGAAGGAAGUGGAAAGGGACCAAAGGAAUGGGGGCAUUUAAAUCCAGAUUGGAAACUUUGUGAAACUGGGAAAUUGCAGUCUCCAAUAGAUCUUCUCACCGGAAAACUGCAAGUUCAGCCAAAUCUGGGAAAAUUGAAAAGGGACUAUAAACCAGCUCCUGCUCUUGUCAAGAACCGUGGACAUGACAUUACGGUAAGGUGGAAAGGAGAAGCAGGAAAAAUUAAUAUAAACGGUACUGAUUAUGAACUGCUUCAGUGUCAUUGGCAUUCACCCUCCGAGCACACAUUUAAUGGAACCAGAUAUGAGCUGGAGCUUCAUUUAGUUCAUAUAAGUGCUCAUCGAGGGAUUGCAGUUAUUGCAAUUGUUUACAAAUACGGCCGACCUGAUCCCUUCCUCACUAGGCUUUUCCACCACAUAAAAACCAUUAAUGGAAAAGAAGAGAAGCAUUUGGGGAUGGUUAAUCCAGGAGAUAUCAAAUUUGGUAGCAGAAAGUAUUUCAGAUAUAUGGGUUCACUUACAGUUCCUCCAUGCACUGAGGGUGUUGUUUGGACUGUCAUCAACAAGGUGAGAACUGUUUCGAGGGACCAAGUAAAGGCUCUAAGGGAUGCUGUUCACGAUGGAUUUGAGGCAAAUGCAAGGCCAACUCAACCAUUGGAUGGAAGACCAGUAUUGUUCUAUACUCCCAGGAUGAAUAGCGGCUCCUUUUAGACUUGGAGAUUAUAUUUAAAAAGAAAAAUUGCACCUCCUAUAUCAUAAAUCAUAAUAAAGCAUUAAUACGACGGAAUAAAACUUCAAUUUUCGUUUUCUCUCAA